UGCAUCAUCCUCUCUUCUUAGGGAAAUCGACAUCUAUUGAAUCUCCGCAAACGAUUUUUAUGAUCAUGGCUACAAGCUACUAAAAAUGGAAUUCUACCAUAUUGAAUAAAACACUAACUAAUCAACCCUAACAAAUACGUUCCGAUUGUUCAUUAUCUUUUUAAAUUGUCAGCUUCAGUCGACACCAUGAAACCGGAGGAAAACCGCCAAGCGAUGUGUUUGAAUCACCAUAUUUCUUUGUUUUAUUGUUUCUUAAUCGUGCUGAUUGGACUAGAGAUCUGUCAUACCCAACAGGAUCCCAAUCCGAUCAAUCUUGAGAAUGGAGCAUACGGAACCAUUCUCAUCGCUAUACACAAAGAUAUCGAAGAAGAUCCAAGAAUCAUUGAAAAUAUUAAGGAAAUAUUUCGGGAAGGGUCUUCCGUCUUAUUCUCCGCCACCGAUCGAAGGUUUUAUUUUGGAACGAUCAAGAUUCUAGUCCCCCAUAACUGGACCAGGCAAGCAGAAUAUGAAGUUGCCCAGCUGGAGGCCUAUGAGAAUGCUAACGUUAUCGUUACAGAUCAACAAUCUAAUCAUCGUCCUCACGUUCAGAACCCAUUCCGUUGUGGCCGAGAAGGACUAUUUAUAGAACUAUCCAAGACAUUCCUCAUCGACCCAGAACUACGUCAAAAUCAAUUUGGAAAUUCUGGCAAGGUGAUUGUUCGUCAGUUUGCCAAACUCCGCUGGGGUGUUUUCGAUGAAGAUUACGAACCAGGAACCGGCGCUGAUCCUUACUACCCAUCAAACGCCAUAACAGCAUUCUUAGGCUUUGAAGGAACUAGAUGCUCCGAAAGGGUUCUAGGAACAUUUGUUAAUGAUGGUGGAGGCGUUUGUAGAAAGGAUGGCUUUAGUGGCCAACUUGAACCUUCUUGCAAAUUCGUGACAGAUACCGUAGGGCAAGAAGCCAAGGCAUCGUUAAUGUUCGCAUCUAACAUUGACUCGGUAAGAUAUUAACACAUACUAUUUUUGUUAACACCCAGUUCCCACUGUCAAGAUUUGCGUCACGAUUGGCAUAGUUAAAGGGAUGGUCCGGGAUGAAAAUCUUUAUAUUUAAAUGAAUAGACUAAAAUCUACAGAGCAAGGUGUUGAAAAUUUCAUCAAAAUCGGAG